AUGAUUUCUCUGGUGUGUCUUGUUGGGUUGCUGCACUGCUUGUUAACUCAGUCAGACUUUAGAAUUGACUCCCAACAUGCCAAUAACUUUCUGACUCAUUCGCGAGUGAGGAGAGCGGUUGACCCCAACUGGCAUCACAAAAAUCCUGACUUUCAGUCGUACUAUCGUUACUACAGCAGCAUUGGACACAUCGAAGGGCUCUAUGAGAUAGACAGAAUUAGGAUGCUUUACCAGCAAAUGCGUCACUUGGAACUCACCUAUGGCCCUGAGGCUUCCAAAUACCAGAACAGCCUGGGUCUUCAAUUGAAGACAACGCCUCCUCCAACAACACAGCCUCCUCCUCCCACAUUGCCACCUGUCUCCAAGAUGGAUGUUACUUACUUGUGCAAUGCAAAGGACCCCCAAUGCAAGCCACGUAUUGUGUACCUGCCUGCCGGUGCUAUCCCUGUGCUUUGCGAUCCACGUUACCACCCAGACUGCAAACUCAGCACUGUCCAGGAGUCUCCUUCUCCACCUGUACCUGCCUCAGAGCCAGUGUCCUCCACCCCUCCUCGCCAACAAAAUUCCACCCCACCACCACCACCACCCCCUCCUCCAAUAAAUAGCAAGGGAAUAGAGUAUGACUGUGACCCCUAUUGGGAUCCUGACUGCCUGAUCGACCACCCUCCCAGACCAGUAAAAUUGAUCGAACCACCAGCAGUGCUCCCAACCAGUGGUCCAUUAGCUGAGAAUAAGGAAGAAAAUGAAACAGGAAACAACGUCAUCUCAAAUGCUCCAUUUCCAACCUAUGAUCCAUUUGAUUUCAAUCAAGAUCUUUAUGAUCCCUACCGCCAUGCUGCUCCAGCCCAGGAUCCAGAGUAG